CCUGCGAGCAAAACUGCCGCAGUAUAUACCGUCGAGCCUUGUCACCUCACAGCGAACCAAGAGAUCCAAACGUCCCUUUGUGUUAACUUAACUCAAUUUUUACCCCUCAUCUGCAAGCUUCCAGGAGAGGGAGUGGAGUACGAGCUUUCACUUUUUUUUCUUGGUGUGUGUGUGUGUGUGGACAUCUCAUCAGAAUUCUUGUUUCAGCCAUGGGCAGCAAGACUCUACCAGCUCCAGUUCCUCUCCACCCAUCACUCCAGUUGGCUAACUACUCGCUUCUCCAGAGCUCCACAGGGCUUCAGCUCCCAACGGAUCACUUCCACAGCAUCUAUAGCUUCAGUGCCUUGCAUGCCAUUCAGCUUCACCAAUGGACUCCGGGAUUUCUGCCUGUGGCCCUGCCUCGUUGCACUAUCUCAAAACUGCCUUUGCAAUUCUCUUCUAUGGCCUCCUUCCCUAUAGUCCAUCACCACCUGCAGCCCAAGCAGGACUCAGCAGGUCAGAUGCAGACCUCAAAGAACAAGCCUCGCUUUGACUUUGCCAACCUGGCAACAGCUGCCACCCAAGAGGAUCAUCUAAAGGCAGACGACCUGAGCGUGUCCGGGGUUGCUACCGCGGUGUCAUCUCACCAUUCUGAUACAACUGCCCUUGGGUGCCUCCUGGAUGUGACGAAGCUCUCUUAUUCAGAGCGCAAGUCCACUCGAGGCCGGUUGCCCUCAAAAACCAAAAAAGAAUUUGUCUGCAAGUUCUGUGGCCGCCAUUUUACAAAAUCCUACAAUCUGUUAAUCCAUGAAAGGACGCACACAGAUGAAAGGCCAUACACGUGUGACAUCUGUCACAAAGCAUUUAGAAGGCAAGACCACCUCCGAGACCACAGGUACAUUCAUUCCAAAGAAAAGCCCUUCAAAUGUCAAGAGUGUGGCAAAGGCUUCUGUCAGUCCAGGACUCUGGCUGUCCACAAAACAUUACACAUGCAAGUCAAGGAACUCAAGCCAGCCAAGAUUAAGUGAUUCACUUUAAUUCAAUCCAAAGGACACGGUAAACAGGAGCUGUACUGUUCAGUAUGACCAACUACAAUAAUAAUAAAUGAACAACCAAAGACAUUAAAAAAAAAAAAAAAGUUGGUGUUUUGAGACCCUCCAAUCUCAUCCACCUCUGUGGGAACGCUGCUCAAGGAUGAACAUUUUCACCAGCAAAUUCUUAAAAGAUGCAGAAAUAAGACUUUGUGAAGAAAAGAAUGAAUUGUUAUUAGUUUUCUUUACAGAGACCCCACUGGUUAUCUGGAAUGUGAAAGAGCAAUAUAAAAGAAAAAACAAAUACUGUGGUUGCUCAUUCCAAAGACUGCACUGCAGAAACUUGUAGUCCAAAGACAAGAUCCCACAAAUAUUCUGUAAGUGAGGGGAAAAAAAGCCAUCCUAGUUAAAGAUAUUUCCUCCUUUUCCUCAAUUUGGACAAAUCAUGUCAUUUUUGUACAGAUGAAUAAUAUCAUAAACGUAUUUUUGCACUUUAAUUUCAUUAUUGAUUAUUUUCGUAUGUAUCACUGGAUCUUAUUUCACAACAAAUAAUCAUUUUUGAAUAAAAUGUUUUACUGGAA